AUGUCUUCGCGAGUUUUACGAAGUAAAGUAAAUAAAGGAAAUAAAAGAAAAUAUGAUAAUUAUGAUGUAACAAACAACCCAUCGACACAAAAAAAAAAUAAAAAGAACGAAGAUGAUGAUAGCGAAGAUACUAUAACAAGUACCUCCUCAACUACCAAACGAUCAGUGAAUAGAAAAUCUAGAAAAGAACAGCGACAAGGAAGAAUAACCAAGACCUUCGUAAUCAAACAAAUUGAUAAUUUUAUAAAAGAUAUCAGUAACCAAAAACGCAAAGCUUCCAAUGAAAACGAAUGCAUCUAUAAUCAUGAAAUUGAAUUGUUUGAAGAUUUGAAGAAAAUUUUCGAACUUACUAAUGAGGAUAAUUCUUCGGUUUUUGCAUUUUAUCGUAAUUUUCAAGAUAAAAGAAAAGAAAGUGUUAAGGAAAUUAAAAGAUUAUGUGAAGAAAACCAGCGACUUAGAAAAAAAAUUGAUGAAUUAAAUGAAGAGAUUAUGACAUUGAAUGAUCAAUACUUAAGUGAAGUGGCUGAAAAUGAAAAAAUGAGAUCACGAAUCGAAGAGCUGGCCGAAGAG